UGGGGAGAACAGCCGCCGCCUGGCCCCGCGGGCCGCCUCCCUGCUCCUCCUCCCGGCGGCUGGACCCACGCCCCGCUGCAGAGCGUGGACUGAAGGGGCUUUGCCAGCUCGCUCCGCCCGGCAGCAGGCGGCUGGCUGGACGAGGCGUCCCAGGAGAGAUGGUCCCCGCGGGGUGACACGCGUGGAGAGUCCGGGCGGAGGAAGGGGCCGCAACACCGGGCUGCGGCGCCCGACCCAAAGAAGUCUUGACUUCGCAGCGAGCCCGGCUGAGUGCCCGGGGAAAGAUCCACUGUUCAGAACAAGAUGUAUUCGCAUAAACUUUUGACUGUGUUUCUGCACUUGGAUUUUAUUCGAAUGGCAGUUGCUCACUGUAUGGUACAUCAGAUUCCAGCGUCGAGCUUUAUGCUGCCUUGCAUGUCACCGAAUGAGACUUCUGUCAUUCCUUUGACUGCUGGUGUUGUAGCGAGCGGUCCUGGGUUGCACGGAGAGCAUGGAACUGCUGAAACCAGCUCUCUGGUGCUGGUGGCUGAAGAGAGUUUCCUCUGUUGCCUUUGGGGUGAAACACAUGCAAAUUGUUCUUUGUACACAGCAGGCAUGGAAACAAAAAAAUUUACGUCCUCAGAAAUAAGUAGCUUAGCUCCUCAGCAAACAGAUUUAAGCUGGAACAUUCAAUGUUGGACUAAAGGAGACCUAGAACAGUUCGUUUGUAUCCUGAAAUUGUCUAACAAGAAGUCGUACUUGAAUGGAGAAUUUAAGAUUAAUCUUUUAUAUGUUCUAUCAGAGUUGUCAUUGGAAGACAUGUCUACAGGUUCUCUAAAAGGCAAUUUCAUGGUUACUCCCUGCAACAGCAAUGGGUCUGACAAGUACGAAUGUCACAUACCUUCACUGAAACUCAACUACACUUAUAUUACAUGGUUAAACAUCAUAAAUGGGGUAACACUUCUUCAGUCACCUUUAAUGUCGGUCAGACCCAUAAAUAUUGUAAAGCCUGAACCUCCAUUGAACCUGCGACUAGAAAUGACAGACAAAGGACAGUUAAAGAUCUGUUGGUCCAACCCAGUACUAACACCAUAUCCGCUUCAGUAUGAAGUGAAGUUUUCUGGGAACGCUACUCAAAAUGCCUGGCAGGUGGUUGAGAUUGUCAUAGAAACCUCCCUCAUCAUAGGCAAUAUGCUGGCUGGUUCUUCAUCUUUAGUUCAAGUACGGUGCAAGAGUCUUCAUGGUCCAGGAUUCUGGAGUGAUUGGAGCACACCUUAUAAUUUAAACACAGAAGAUGUCAUGUACUUCCCUCCUAAGAUACUGACGAGUGUUGGUUCUAAUGUUUCCUUUCAUUGCCUCUAUAAUGAUAAAAACAAGAUGAUUUUGUCGAAGAAGAUUGUUUGGUGGCUGAAUUUAGCAGAAGAAAUCCCAGAGAGACAGUAUACACUUGUGAAUGAUCGUGUUAGCAGAGUUACUCUUUUCAACUUGAGUGCAACAAAACCUAGAGGAAAAUUCUUCUAUAAUGCAUUGUACUGUUGUAAUCAAAACAGGGAAUGUCAUCAUCGAUAUGCUGAAUUAUAUGUAGUAGAUGUCAAUAUCAAUAUCACAUGUGAAACUGAUGGGUACUUAACUAAAAUGACUUGCAGAUGGUCCGCAAACACAAAUACAUUGCUUGUGGGGAGUUCUUUACAGUUAAAAUACUACAGGAAUAGUAUCUAUUGUUCUGACUUUCCAAGUAUUCCUCCAAAGUCGGAGGCAAAAGAAUGCCAUUUACAGAGGAAUCAUUAUUACGAGUGUACAUUUCAGCCUAUUUUUCUUUUAUCUGGAUAUACCAUGUGGAUAGAGAUAAAGCACCAACUAGGAAAACUUGAAUCCCCACCAACCUGUGUCAUUCCAGCAGAUGUGGUGAAGCCGUUUCCUCCCUCUAACGUUAAGGCAGAAAUCACCAAGAAUGUUGGGCUGCUGAAUGUGAGCUGGACAAACCCAGCAUUUCCGAACAGCGAUCUUAAGUUUCAGAUUCGGUACUCUGUGAACAGGGAAGAAAUAUUAUGGGAGAUAUUUGAGGUUUCAAAUGCACCAACAAGAUCAGUCAUGAUAAAGGUACUGGACCUUUGUGUUGUAUAUAUUGUUCAGGUGCGCUGCAGUGGACUAGAUGGAUUAGGUUACUGGAGUGAUUGGAGUAAACCAGCGUAUACCAUUGUACAGGAUAUUCAAGCUCCCCUGAGAGGUCCUGAAUUUUGGAGAGUUAUUAAUGAAGAUCCCAUAAGGAAGCAGAAAAAUGUUACUUUAGUUUGGAAGCCAUUGAUGAAGAAUUACUCAUUAUGCAGUGUGUGCGGAUAUAUUGUAAAGCAUCACACUUCAGAAAACAUCACUUGGACGGAAUAUGUCACCAAUGGCACUACCUAUACAUAUCCAUGGAUGGAGGAUGCAGACACCAUUACAAUUCUAGCUGUUAACUCAGUUGGAGCUUCCUCAAUGAAUUUUAAUUUAACUCUGUCACAGCACAUGAGCACAGUGAAUAUCGUGCAAUCACUCAGUGCUUAUCCAGUAAACAGCAGUUGUGUAAUUCUGACCUGGACACUUGCACCUCAAAUGUAUGUGAUAACGUCUUUUGUUAUCGAAUGGAAAAACCUUAAUGAGGAAGAACAAAUGAAAUGGAUACGAGUUGCUCCAAAUAUUAGCAAAUACUAUAUUUAUGAUCAUUUUAUUCUUAUUGAGAAGUACCAGUUUAGCCUGUACCCAAUAUCCCCUGAAGGAGUAGGCAACCCCAAAACGACUGAUGAAUUCAUCAAAGAUCGGAGUGAAAAAUGGAAUGAUGCAGGCCUCUAUGUGAUUCUACCAAUAGUUAUUUCAUCCUUCGUUUUGUUGCUUGGAACUUUGCUGAUCUCGCAACAAAGAAUGAAGAAACUGUUCUGGGAGGAUAUUCCAAACCCCAAGAACUGCUCCUGGGCACAAGGAGUUAAUUUUCAAAAGAGAAUGGACAUUGUUUGAAGUCUAAUCAUGAUCACUUCCUGCUGAACCAUUGUGCCAGCUCCCAGACUUCAUAUACAGAAUUGUUAGAAGAUUUUUCUGUUUACAUUCAGAAGACAGGAAACACAGAUACAAUACAUGAUGAUUGAUUUAAAGAUAGUCCUGGAAAUAGUUUUGUUCAAUACUUAAGAUGCCCAUGCAAAAUCAGGGACAAUUGCCAUAUUGCAGCCUAGAGCAGGGUUUGCUACACAUGUAGGCAAAAAUCUUGCUUGAAAUCACAUUUUUAACCUUUGUUUAGUGACCUGUUUAUUAAGGCUCUGACUUGCAAAGGGCUGAACACUUUCAUCUCCUAGACUUCAAUAAGAGUUGAGAAUGCCCAGCACCUAUGAGGAUGGAGCCAUAGAAGCAGAAAUAUCAGAAUGGUCUGAGAUUCAGCUAGUUAAGUGCAAGACUUGCCCAGUUAUCAACUUAAAAUAUUUUUUUAACAGAGUUAUUGGUUGUUUAUUCAAGAACUAGCCUGAUAUUGAUGCUGAACAGCUUUGGGAAUUUCCACAGACUUCAGGCAUGUUGAGGAGACCAAACCCAGCCUCUGGAUGUGCACAGCACUCCCAUUAAGGUCAAUGGGAGCUGAUCACAUGCAUCUGAGUGCAGAAUUUAGUCCAAAGAAUUUGCAGAAAUAAUUUAGAAAUGUUCAUUGUGCCUUAGUUUUCUCUGACAAAAACCAUUGUCCAUGUUAUUUUGUGUAGACAGGUACUUCACUCACUAUCAUUUAAACACAUAGCUAUUCCCACAGCCACUUUAAUAAUAGUGUCUGACAUUAGGGGUGUGUGUGUGUGUGUGUGUGUGUGUGUGUGUGUGUGUACACAAAUCUGUUGUUACCCUUAGUAUGGCCACUUCUGCUUAGUGUAAUCUCCAUUUAGCAUCAUUUCCUGUUUGUAGCUAACCUAUUACUUAUUAUAUUAAAGUCUUUUCUUUCUUUUUUGUUUAAAGUGUUGCUGUAUUGUUAGAAUGCAAAGAAUAUCAUUUAAUAUUAAACAAAGUUCAUUGAAAUAUAUAAUAUAGAGUCUGGUCCAAAGCUCCCUGAAGUCAGUGAGACUCUUUCCAUUAGAUACAUGGAGCGAUGGACCAGCACCACAGUGCUGCUAUACUGACAGCAAUGGAGAAAAUGCUUUACAGUUUUGAAAAGUAUCAAAUAUGGCUGUAGGGCUUUGAACAAAGAUUUGUGCAUUGCUGGAGGAAGUGUGUGAGUUGCACAGAGACCUUUUUAUUUACUUAAUUAACUUAGCUAUAUAUAGAAAAGGAAACUUAUCACCACCGGCCCAAUAACUCGCAUGUUGGAUCAGGGACUGUGGGCCUGAUUCUCCUCUCACGCUGGUGUAAAUCAGGAGUAAGUCCAUUAAGAUCAGUGAAGUUAGACUAAUUUACAAACAGCCAAAGGAGAGUAAAGGAUUUAUACUCACAUGACAUUAUUCCAUAUUCUUAUGUCCUGUUGGGUUCCUAGCUAAGGAGAAAGAAGUUAUGCAUGUGAAUAUAAAGUGUAUUGUGCUGAAUGGGAAAUUGAAGGGUCAUGUGACCCUUUGACACCUUGUACUGCAAUACAGUCUAUAUAUUUAAUGCAUGCUUCCUUCGUACACUUUAUUAAUCUCAGUGAAAAUUGGGUCACUUGGGUAUGUCUACAAUGCAAUAAAAGACUCAUGGAAUGGCUGCAGCUGGCCCGGGUCAGCUCACUUGGGCUUGCAGGGCUUGGGCUGUGGGGCUAAAAAUUGCAGUUUAGGCAUUUGGGCAAAGGCUGGAGCCCGGGCUCUGAAACCUUGCAAUGCAGGGGCGUCUCAGAGCCCAGGAUCCAGCCUGAGCCUGACUGUCUACACUGCAACUUUUAGCCCUGCAGACCAUGCCCUGUGAACCAGUCAAUUCACCAGACUCGUUAUUUUUAUUGCAGUGUAGACGUAACCAUACUGAUGAGCACCGUUGUGCGUCUCUGAUUCCAUGUGCAUCCGAGGCCAGGGUCUAUACUCCUUUGAAAAUAGAAGGAAUUUAUGCAGCUGGGGCUAGAUUCUUCCCUUAUUUAUGUGAAUGCAAUUUCCAGUGGGAAAAACGAAGUGCAGAACUUGUACUAUAACUCUCAUUAGCUUUGAGACCCAUUGCCUGAAUAAAAUUUCCACAUAUCAGCACUAGAAACCUCUAACGUCCUUAUGUCUGAAGCCAUGUGUAACUCUUAUUUUCUUUUGAUACGUCUGUCAGAAUACAAGAUUAACUAGAUUCAAUAAUUGGUUACUAAUGUGUGUAUUUAUCGCUUCCUGGCUCUCCGAGCUCUGGUCAAGUGAAAAAAUUCUCUAAGUUAUAUCUGUUCUGUGAUUGAUUCUGCAAGGCUGUAUUUAUGGAGUAUUAGUUUAACAAAAUAUUAUCAUUUUUAACCAUUAAUGCAGUACGGUAUAGGAUGAGUAAAUCCUGCGUCUGUACUGCAAUCUUGCAAAAUGUACACAUGUGCUUAAUGUUAAGAUCAUGGGUGAUCCCACUGAUUUUCCAGUGAAAUGACUCUUGUACUUAAGGAUAAGGAUGUGAAUAAGUGUUUGCAGGAUUGGGUCAUAGGGUCUAAUCCUGCAGACCUUACUUAUCUAAAGCUCCAAAUGAUUUCCAAGGGAGAUAUGGCUGAGUAAUGACUAUGGCACUAUCCCUGAAAAGAUGUAUGCACAUGUUUAACUUUACAUAGG